AUUCCACAUCUUUCUUUUCUUAUCCUGUCUUUUUUUUUCCUUUUUCCUUUGUUCAUAUGCGAACGUCUCGUGUCAGAAUCACAUCGUUAGUGGUUCUUUCGCCUAUCCUUCUCAUCGCGUUAUCGCUGACAACCAUAUUCACCAUCGCCAUUGUCUCUCAACUCAAACAAUGGUGCGGCAUUUACAGUAAACCGAUGGUUAUGCAUCACCGGUCCAUGAGCAGAUUCGCCACAGCGGCCACAACCGCAACGACCACGACUACCGUCACGUACCCCCACACUAGCCCAUUGCCAUGGUCCGACAGCUCACAUAAAGAUCGAACACUGUGGCGAUAUUCGCCCUGGACAUAUGUCAUUGGCUCAAUUGUUUUAACCGUUUCUUUUCAAAAGCUUAAUGUGGAAAAAUAUCAAUCGAUUCAACGACAGCUCAUCCAGACCAUUCGUGCUUGUCGGAAUAAAAUGGCGGAGCUCGUGAAAUGGCAUCAUCCCCAGCCGCCAACAGCCGAUGCCGAUGCCGACGCUCCAAUAAUCAACAAGAAACACAAAAAGCCAAAGAAGAAGCAACGGAUACCCGCGGAUCAUCACUAUUUGAAAGCUUCACCGGUGGCCAUCGAGCGCUCCCAGGAGGAGAGCUCUGAUCAUUCAUCGGCGAUCCUUUGUACUCCGCCCUCUCUCGGGAAUCCGGGAUUACAUGUAAAUAAUAAUAUAGCCCUUCUUGCUGCGGAUACGAAUACAGACGCUUCCACGGAUAAAGCGCUAGAUGAAGAUGCUCUUCCUGGUAACACGAAUCCACCCAUUUCCCUCCCCACCGAAACACACUCCACCAAUAAGGGAGCGUCCCCUGUUCCUGCCCGGAUAUCCACGCACUACCAUGACAAAGCAAUUCACACCGAUAUGCCACCGGAAGAAAAAGACAACUCAUCCACUCUUGUCAGCAGCGAUGAUGAAGGUACAGAUAUAAGUUCGCCUUCUUUGUUAUCAGAGGACCCGCCUACGUUUGCUCAGCAACCAUCACAUCAUGGUUUAAAGUGUCCAAGUCGAUACUCGCUCUUUUCGACAGGGUUGGAAUUGGAUAUCUUACCCCGACAUGAUCUGUUGAGCUCUGGCUAUGAUCCGCUUUCGCGAUACACUUCAUCCUCUCCUGCUGCUUUUUCAUCCGUAUAUCCUUCGAUCACCCCGCCUUUUGAUCCCGUUCUUUAUCCUCCUCAAUCGUCGUCCAACCUGACCUUUCUUCAAUCCCACCCGUUUGUGGGACGGCAUAAUCCCCUCCACAGUGAACCUCAUCCGCUCGGUCCAAUUGGCCCACAUCAUCACCACCACCACCACCACCACCACCACCCUUCCUCUAUUGAGUCCUGCUCCCCUGUCAAUGAUUCACAAUCCAUGCAUGUGCUGUAUCGAAAGAAUCAUU